AUGGACAGCAGUCGCACAACAGGUGCUCAUCGUCCAGAUAAGGGCCUGCGUGAGCGAAUUGCAACCUCGCAGCAUGUUGAUGCUGGUGCUGUGGACGGAGCUGUAGCAAGCUCUGGCAAUAAUGCAGCUGCAACAAACACAGAUGGGAAGACCAAGAAAACCUUUGGCAGGACACCAGACGGUACCAUGGACAUCUGGAAGCUGACAAUAUGUAACAUCCAAGUAUUCACGGUCCCCCCAACACAUGACAUGGUAUCGCAGCUUUUGUCGCCAACUCAGCCCAAGAACCUCUCCGACAUGAUCGUUCUGGCCAUUCUGGCUUUACAUUUUGUGGCCUUUUGGCUUCUCCCUGCCUCUGCGAGGAUCCCGGCCUUUGCAGCUAUCUAUGCCUUUUGGCGGACUGCCUACAAUGGAGGAAUCGGUUGGCUGCUCCACAAUCAGUCGAAUCACAGGACAUUGGUGAGGUGGGCGGAGAAGUCGAAGGUCUUCAUCAACCCAUCUACCGGGAAGAACCCGCAUCCGAAAUUGUACCACCUCCUCAAGCGCGACAUGGAGACCAUGAUUCCGAAAGAUUACUCGUUUGACAAUGCCCCGAUUGAGUAUAAUACUUGGUUGGUCUUUAGGCGUGUCGUGGAUGUCAUCUUGAUGUGUGACUUCAUCUCAUACUGUCUGUUUGCAGUAGCCUGUGGUGGCCGCCCUGAGGAUGAGAGCCUGCUGAUGACGGGGCUUCGAUGGGCGGCAGGUCUGAUCUUGGUUCUCUUCAAUCUCUGGGUGAAACUGGAUGCGCACAGAGUUGUCAAAGACUUCGCCUGGUAUUGGGGUGACUUUUUCUUCCUUAUUGACCAAGAAUUGACGUUCGACGGCGUGUUUGAAAUGGCACCGCAUCCGAUGUACUCCGUCGGAUAUGCCGGUUACUACGGAAUCUCAUUGAUGGCUGCGAGCUAUAAAGUGCUUAUCAUUUCCAUUCUCGCACAUGCAGCUCAAUUUGCAUUCUUGGUCUUUGUUGAGAAUCCUCAUAUUGAUAAGACAUACAACCCCCCGCCCCCUCGCAAGCGCCAUGCCGACCAGAAUGGUGGUUCCGCAACCUCGCAUGGGGUAGAAUCGUCCAGUGCACCAGCCGCCAGCGACAAACUCCCUCAGCCCUCCCCAGUCCACAAUCUGCUGGGUCUGCACAACUUGGAUCUUCAUAGAGUGACAGAUUCUUCCGUGAUCCUGAUCCAGUUGCUCAUCUUCAUCCUGACCGCCGUCACCCCUUCCACGCCGGUCUAUCAAUUCUUUUUUGUACUCAACGCUGCCUUCUGGAGAAUCUGGUAUUCAGGUGUCAUAGGGUAUAUCCUCCACCGGCAAUCAAAGUACAAGGCGUGGACCCGACACUUCGUCAAGUUUGGAGAUAGCCCCGAAGAAGCAUGGCGCCAGUGGAAGGGCUCAUACCAUCUCAGCAUGACAUUAUGCUAUGCAAGUUUCAUCGCCGCGGCGUGGAAGAUGUACACUUUCCCUACCGACUGGAGCCGUAACAUGGUAUUACUGAAACAUAUUAUCGGAGCCGGUUUGAUCGCCCUGCAGAUUUGGACCUCAGUCAGCAUCUAUGAGUCGCUGGGGGAGUUCGGCUGGUUCUUUGGAGACUUCUUCUUCGACGGUUCAUCAAAGUUGACCUACAGUGGUAUCUAUCGCUUCCUGAACAAUCCUGAACGCGUUCUUGGUCUUGCUGGCGUGUGGGGCGCAGCCUUGAUCACAAGCAGUGGAGCGAUCGUCUUCCUAGCGCUCCUUAGCCACAUUCUGAGCCUAGCCUUCAUCCAGCUGGUUGAACGCCCACAUAUGCAAAAACUGUACGGCCGAAGCCUGCGGCGGGAUGCAGGCUUGGUGAAGAGCCUGAAGCGAUCUCUGCCUCCACCGCUCAAACAGCUUGGUGGAAGUGUAGACCGGAUGGUAGAUGAGUCCUUUGAAUUCGUGGAGGAGCUUCUGGAAUCAGCUCGGCCAAAGCUGGCUGCCGGCGUCAAUACUUUUGUGCAGGAUGCAACGGCUCUGUUCCACAAAUAUCCCGCACGGAUCACCAUUGCCCGCAUUGAUGACGACGUCGCGGGUUAUGAACUCCAGGACUACUCUCUGGAGAUUGAGGGAACCGAGUCAUCGCCGUCUGCGGAAAAUGAACGUGGUAGCGGCAAGGAAGGCAUCAACGCUCGCGGGCCUCCUGACAGAAGGGGCGAUCCGAAGAACCUGAUCUUUGAAUAUGGAGCUCCAAUCAAAGUCAAGUGGACUGCGCCUCUCAAUCAUAGCAAGAAGGACUGGGUCGGUCUAUAUAUGGUUACUGAUAACAGCUCGCGUGAAGUCACGCGGGUCUCGUCGCAGGGACGAUGGAUCGCAACGAACGAGGGUUCCUAUGACAGUCUGACAUGCGAAAAGGGUCUGGUCAGCAGCGACGUUAUCAUUUCUGCUUCCGACCGCAAAGACGGCGAAAAGCGCGACCUUGCAUCUGGGGAGAUGAUUUUCUCAGGCGACAAGCUCUUCUGGACGCAAGGAGUGUUUGAGUUCCGAUACCACCACAACGGCAAACAUAAUGUUAUGGCGAUUUCCAGACCUUUCGAAAUUAGAAUCGGUCGGUUCGACGAGGACGAUAUUGAGGUUGACGAUCAUGGUGUGUUUCAGGCAGCGGUGGAAUCCGCUUUGUUGCCUGUCGUUCGCAACUGUUUCGACCGUGACCCUGAGAUUGCCCCGGAGACUGUUGACGAGCGCUUUGGAAGUCUCGUUGACAGAGACAGCAAGUACGCUAAACGGGUUGUUUUCGCAGUGCAUCAGAUGUUUGGCAUUGAAUUUGCUCCUGAAGUCGUCCGUGCUGAUGGAAAUGUUCGCAAUCUGGCAUGGAGAAUAUGUAACGCAAAGAAAGUUCUGUUUUCUACUUCACAGGCUCCCUACAGCAUGUCGAGAUCGAGAGGAACGACAACCCCGACAUCGAAGGAUUAG